AUGUUCGAGGACGUUUUGUACAACCACGGUUCCGGGUACGACAGGUCCAGUGGCGUCUUCAUUGCUCCUGUUGGAGGAACUUACUUGUUUACCGCUCGGCUGUUGUCCCAGGCCGCUGGAUCAGUGUUCUUCGAGAUCAACGUCAACGGAAACAUGAAUUCCAACGGGGCGCUGUUUUCUAGCAACGGAUGGAUCUACGCCUCUGCCGAUUCUGUGGUCCGUUUGCUACCUGGGGAACGAGUGUUUAUCAAAUCGCUCUAUUCGAACAAGAUAUGCAAUACUGGGUUGCAAGGCGACCUUAACUCCAAAAGCAAUGAAUUCACCGGGGUACUACUGCACGUGUAA